AUUUUGUCAUCAGUGAAUAUGACCAUGUAACCAUUUCUUAGUUUUAGAGGUGACUGGUACUAAUCCUUUGUCAUUCGCAUGUUUUCAGUUAACUAGAAGGUGAGCGUUUUCACACAGCCAUUUGCACUUGCCCUGUGAAUUUUCUGUGCAUGUUCUCUGCUUAUUUUCCUUUUGAGGGGCUAGUGUUUUCCUUUAUUUUGAAUGAGCCCUUCAGAGUCCUUUAUAUGUAACAGACAAAUACUCUUUAACAGUGGUAGAGUGACUGCAGGGAGACAGGAAAAGCGGGAAGCCUGGAAUUCGCUUCUCUCAUAUCCUUAGGAGAAGAUGACCGUGUUCUUUAAAACACUUAGAAAUCAUUGGAAGAAAACGACAGCUGGGAUCUGCCUGCUGACAUGGGGAGGCCAUUGGCUAUAUGGAAAGCACUGUGACAACCUGCUAAGGAGAGCCGCCUGUCAAGAAGCUCAGGUGUUUGGCAAUCAACUCAUUCCUCCCAACGCACAAGUGAAGAAGGCGACUGUUUUUCUCAAUCCUGCAGCUUGCCGAGGCAAAGCAAGGACUCUAUUUGAAAAAAAUGCUGCCCCGAUUUUACACUUAUCUGGCAUGGAUGUGACUGUUGUUAAGACCGAUUAUGAGGGCCAAGCCAAGAAACUCCUGGAACUGAUGGAAAACACAGAUGUGAUCAUUGUUGCGGGAGGAGAUGGGACAUUGCAGGAGGUUAUUACUGGCGUUCUUCGAAGAGCAGAUGAGGCUUCCUUCAGUAAAAUUCCCAUUGGAUUUAUCCCAUUGGGACAGACCAGUAGUUUGAGUCCUACCCUCUUUGCUGAAAGCGGAAACAGAGUCCAACAUAUUACAGAUGCCACCCUUGCCAUUGUGAAAGGAGAGACUGUUCCACUUGAUGUCUUGCAGAUCAAGGGUGAAAAGGAACAGCCCGUGUUCGCAGUGACCGGCCUUCGAUGGGGAUCCUUCAGAGACGCCGGCGUCAAAGUUAGCAAAUACUGGUAUCUCGGGCCUCUAAAAACCAAAGCAGCUCACUUCUUCAGCACUCUUAAGGAGUGGCCUCAGACACAUCAAGCAUCCAUCUCGUACACGGGACCUACAGAGAGACCUCCCAGUGCAGCAGAAGAGAACCCUCCUCGGCCCUCUUUGUAUAGGAGAAUAUUACGCAGGCUCGCGUCCUACUGGGCGCAGCCGCAGGACGCCCUUUCCCGAGAGGUGAGCCCCAAGGUCUGGAAAGAAGUGCAGCUGUCCACCAUCGAACUGUCCAUCACGACGCGGAACAGUCACCUUGACCUGACGAGCCAAGAAGACUUCAUGAACAUCUGCAUUGAACCUGACACGGUCAGCAAAGGAGACUUCAUAACCAUAGGAAGCAGAAAGGUGCGGGACCCCGGGCUGCGUGCGGCCGGCACCGAGUGUCUCCAGGCCAGCCAGUGCACUCUGCUGCUUCCCGAGGGAACAGGGGGCUCUUUCAGCAUUGACAGUGAGGAGUACGAGGCGAUGCCUGUGGAGGUGAAGCUGCUCCCCAGGAAGCUGCAGUUCUUCUGCGAUCCCAGGAAGAGGGAACAGUUGCUGCCCAGUGCGGCCCCGUGAGCUAUCAAGGUGGGGAGCCGGCCGCCCCCACGCUGCACUUUAGGCCUCCGAUGGGACCAGAAGCCUCCCCUGUCCCCGCAGUGUUGUCCCAGGACCCCAGGGCACCUCCAUGGCAUGCACCCUGCCCUCGCAGCGCUUCCCCCUACUCCGAGCUUCCCGCUAGCGCAUGCUCAGCCUUCGCUGCGCCCCCCUGCCCCCUCCUCCAGUGGUUUGCCCCAGGGGGGUCCGGAGAAGCCCACCUGCGCAGGCUGGGAAAGGGCUAGACCUCCUUGGUCCCCAUGCGUGCAGCCACAGUCCAGGCCUCCCUGGUUUCGCCCGGGACUUGAGGGGGUGCGGGUGCCUGCCCUCUCCACUGCCGUCCGUUUUCUAGGCUUCUCCAUGGGUGCUGCUACUUUCUGAGCUCAGAUUCGAAUUAAGCUUGUUUCAAUCCAACGACCUGGGAGGGGUUUUUGUCUUCAGCCCUCACUAAGAAACUUAGUUUGUAUUAUUUUUUAAUUAGUGCUUAACUAUGGGUUUGCAUGAGAACCACCUAGGAUGCAUGUUAAAAACUGACAGGCUUGGGGCUCACUCCAAACCUGGUCACUCAGUCUGGGAGUGGAGCCCAGGAAUCUGCAUUUGUAAAAAGCAGGCACCCUCCCCAGGUGCUUCUACUCCAAGAGGUCCCCCAACCUCACCUGUUCACCAUUGUAAAGCAUAACCCCCCAUUAUGCUUACGCACCCCCAAGAGUAUUUUGAAAGAUCAUGUAUCCCCCUUCUAGAUGUCAACUUAAGAGUUGCCAAAGUAUGUGUUUCCUGGUGUCAUGUAAAUAUUGAUUAUUUUAAAAUAAAACUGCUAUAUCACUCUUUUAAA